AUGACCUUGGGCGGCGAGAGCCAACCGCUGUCCCUGCGACCGCCUCCAGUCGCUGAUCGCAAACCUCAAAACAUCGCCGAAUUCAUUACUCGCGUCAACGCGCAACCGGGCGGCUUUCGAGCUCUGUCAGAAGCCAAGCUCAGGGAGGAGAUUGCCCAAGAAAAUGCGACAAACGAAGACUCCCAGCAGAAAGACGUAGAUAUGGACGAAGCCGAUGAAGAGGACGACGAAGAGGACCAGGAUGCGACGAGAGACCCCCAAGAAGUGCGCCUGGAGAUGUUUAAGAAUCUUGACAUCGCAGGAAAUACGGCCCUUCUUACCCUCGACUUCCUCUCCCUCCUCAUUUCGAAGCAGAACCCUACACAGGCCGGCGUCACCCUCUCUCAAGGCCUACGCGAAAUGGUGGGAAUCGGUACGAUAGGCGCUGAUAAACUAGACAACUCGCCCAUUACUUCAGCCAAGGCACAGGAGCAGGAGAAUAUAGCACUGGGCUUCACCCUGAUGCAAACCAACAAGGUACGCGACGCUGCUGAAGCUGCGAGUUCAGUCCUACAAAAACAAGUCACAGCCGAGGGAAAGUACUGGGAGGAUAUCAUCGCUGUGCAGAAGUCGGGUUGGUCCAUAACCAGAGUUCCUUCGGAAAGGCAUACACUAGGUGUUCGGUUUGGCUUUUCAGAAGCCGCACCCGAGUAUAGGAAUAGCCUUGCACCGAUGAGAAGAGGCGUUGAUGGAACAGUCCAGCUCGACUGCGGUAAACUGGGAGGCGUUUCGGAGAGAGUCGUGGUGACUUACGAGAGGGACGGCCAAAUGACUGGCCGCUCUGCUCUGCCAGCCGAGACAGCUGUCGAUGCCCCCCUUGAAGAGCACGUACUUGAAGCCCGAAACACCAUCUUCUCACAAGAGCUUUGGCAUGAGCUUACACGAGAAGCCCGUACCCUAGCAGCCUACGACGUCAAGCCAGAUGGUUCCCGGCUUACCUGCGACAUUGAUCCAGAGGCCAAGUCAAGAAUCAUACUGGAGUUGGUGCCACUUGGCACUUAUGCUUCAUCAAACGAUAGCCUUCCAGACAAUAACAUCGCCGAGGCGAUAUCGCUAUCUUUACAUAUUCUUCUCGGCUAUGCUCACAGACAGAACGAACUGUUGAGGACACGCCCUAUGCCUCCCCAUAUCCCACGCUCGCGAGGCCAGCAAAUACACGCCCUUCUUCGCCCUAUCAUCGCCCGCCUCAUGCAUUCUAAAAACGUCAAGAUUGUCACCCAGCAUGUUGGCGACCUUGUCAAGUCGCUACAGCGAGCUGGUAUUCCCUCUAGCUUCAUUCUCAGCACUCCCAAGAUGUCAACGUCGGAUUCGGACCCUUCAAAUCAAGGACCGAAUCAGCUCGCGUCUUCGCAGGCCAUGAUUAAGAAUAUGCUGAACCAUAUCGAGUUCAACAUAAAGCUUAUCAUUCUCCCCAACAUCACAUGCACCGUUCGUGGUCGCACAUUCCAAGUUCCUGUUACAGCGACCCAUUACACUGUGCUUUUGCCACCUAACUCGCCUCUAUCAUCCGUUUGCGCCCCCUACAAAGAAGGAUACCCCGACCCCAACGCUUUGGCCGAUUAUCUCGGUACCGCCACCACGCGCCUGCUCGUGGAGCACUACCUUUCCAACCUUUCGUCUCCAUGGACACGGAGUAUCCAGGGCAAUGCCAUCCGUAACCAAAGCAAUGAGGAGUUUGAGUUGUCGUUUGCUGUUACAGACACGUCGGACUUGCGUGCGAAAAGCACAUCUAUGGUUGACGGUAAGCUGAUACGCCAGGAAUGGACGUGGUCGGACGAUGGCGAAAAGGAGAAUGUGCAGGCUAUAGUCGACCAAGAGAUCCGAAGGAUUACAUCUUGA